UCAAGAAACCAUGGUAAUUAUAUACAGAGGUCAUACAAAAUGGCGGCUAUCAGUGUAUAUAAAACCAAUGCAACUAAACCAUUACAUUCAUGCUUUAUUAACUAGUUAACCAGUAUUUUGAAUUUAAUUAAAAUUUUAGUAUUGUACAUUAAUUAUUUUUUUCGUUUAUAGAAAUUUCUCCGGUUUGGGGGGACUUUAAUACUAAAUGACUCCAUUGGGAGUCUUCCUUUUGCUUAUCUCGUCGUGCUUGGUAGCAGCCGAGGAACAAGCUGAAGACUGCAGGAAUUGUAAGAAACUGUCGGAGGAGGCUUAUUUCAACAGAACUACGUGCAGUAUUCAAAAUUGUCAAAAGGAUGGUAAAAUCAAACUGAAUCACCAUACGUCCAAUGAAGAGUUGGAAGCGUUCCUUAAGAAAAUCGCAAAAGACUUUCCUGAAAUAGUCCACCUUGAAAAAUUGGGAAAAUCUGUCAAUGGCGUAGAGGUGUAUGAUAUCAUUAUCUCAGACAAUCCAAAAGUACACGAACCUUUGGAACCCGAGUUCAAAUAUGUGGGCAACAUGCAUGGAAAUGAGGUGGUUGGAAGAGAAAUUCUAAUCAACCUAAUUGAGUGGCUCGUAGAAAACUACGACAAGAAUGAUACAGCUACAAGAUUGGUCGACAACACCAGAAUUCACAUCAUUGUAACGAUGAAUCCUGAUGGAUAUGCCAAAGGGAACGAGAAAGACUGGCUGCUGGGAAGAGCCAAUGCUAACAAUGUGGAUCUGAACAGGGAUUUUCCUAAUUAUGACGAGGUUGCUUUUGAGCUGCUCGCCAUGGGAAUUUGCAAAACGAACAACUUAGACAAAGUGCACCCGCCAACAGAUAUGCAUCAUUUCCAACCGGAGACCCAAAUUAUUAUGAAACUGCUGAAAAAUCACCCCUUUGUUUUGAGUGCCAAUCUCCAUGGUGGAAGUUUUGUUGCCAAUUAUCCGUACGAUAUCGCGAAUAACAAGAAACGAUCUAAAACUCCAGAUAACGCGCUAUUCAAAGAGUUAGCAUCUGUAUAUUCCUUCUCGCAUGCAUUCAUGUCUAAAGACACUGAGGCGGUGUGUUCAGGUGAUAAGCCAUUCACAGAUGGAAUCACAAACGGCGCCGAUUGGUAUCCGGUUCCUGGAGGCAUGCAGGACUACAACUAUGACACCUCGAACUGCUACGAGAUAACCUUGGAACUGGGCUGCAAUAAAUAUCCGAAGAAAGAUGACAUGUGGAUGUAUUGGUACCAGAACAAAGACGCUUUGAUUAAUUACAUCAAUGCUGUUCAUAUGGGUAUAAAGGGAUUCAUCGUUGACCAAGAAGAAAAACCAAUGAAAGGAGUUCAGAUCACUGUUAAAGAUAUGAACACCGACGCUAAGCUACCUAUGGAGUGCCAUGCUGUAACUUCCACUGAGUUUGGCGAUUACUUCCGUCUGCUCCUCGACGGCGACUACCAAGUCAAGUUUGAACUGGAGUCAUACGAGACCGUUCAAAAAGAAGUCAGCGUCAAAGGCGAAGUGGUUGUUCUGGAUACGGUCGUGAUGUACAAAGAAAAACACCUUUAAAGUACUGGAACAAUCAUACCACCCAGCUUUAAUGACAAGCUGAAAAAAAUGAGCUAAUUUGUAUAAUUUGAUCUCAAUGUAAAUUUUAGUCAUAGAAAUUGUAAACUAAAUGACUAAGCUAAAAUUCAAUUUUGCAAUUCAA